AUGAAUGGAACUAGUGAAAAUGGAUACUCAAAUGGUUCUGUUAUUCAUAGUGUAAACAGUAAUUUUGAAGAGAAGCUUGAUGAGCUUCGUAACCUAAUGGGGAAACUGGAUAGUGAUCCAUUGCGAAUAGUUGGCAUCGGAGCUGGUGCUUGGGGCAGUGUCUUUACAGCUAUGUUACAGGAUGCUUAUGGUAGUUUUAGAGAUAAAGCUUUGAUCAGGAUAUGGAGAAGACCAGGGAGAGCCGUUGAUAGGGCCACAGCUACGCAUCUGUUUGAGGUGAUCAAUUCGAGGGAGGAUGUGUUGAGGAGGCUGAUUAGGCGCUGUGCUUAUUUAAAAUAUGUUGAGGGAAGAUUGGGUGAUAGGGUCCUUCAUGCAGAUGAGAUUUUGAAAGAUGGGUUUUGUUUGAAUAUGGUUGAUACGCCUCUUUGCCCUUUAAAGGUUGUCACCAACUUGCAGGAGGCUGUAUGGGAUGCUGACAUUGUGAUUAAUGGCUUGCCAUCGACGGAAACACGUGAGGUGUUUGAAGAAAUUAGUAAGUACUGGAAAGAGAGAAUCACCGUUCCUGUCAUUAUUUCAUUGGCAAAGGGUGUUGAGGCUGAAUUGGAUCCUGAGCCGCGGAUCAUAACCCCUACUCUAAUGAUCAGUCGAGCAACUGGAGUCUCCAUUGAAAAUAUCCUCUACCUUGGAGGUCCAAACAUUGCCUCUGAGAUUUACAACAAAGAAUACGCAAAUGCUAGGAUAUGUGGAGCAGAAAAAUGGAGGAAACCAUUGGCAAAGUUUUUGAGACAACCCCAUUUUAUAGUGUGGGAUAAUGGUGAUCUUGUUACGCAUGAAGUUAUGGGUGGAUUAAAGAAUGUGUAUGCUAUUGGAGCAGGGAUGGUAGCUGCUUUGACAAAUGAAAGUGCCACCAGUAAAUCAGUGUACUUUGCUCACUGCACUUCUGAGAUGAUUUUUAUAACUCAUCUAUUGGCAGAAGAACCUGAGAAACUUGCAGGCCCUCUCUUGGCUGAUACUUAUGUAACCUUGUUGAAAGGUCGUAAUGCAUGGUACGGACAAAAGUUGGCCAAAGGAGAAUUGAGUCUUGAAAUGGGUGAUAGCAUCAAAGGCAAGGGAAUGAUUCAGGGAGUCUCUGCUGUUAAAGCAUUCUAUGAGCUACUGAGUCAGUCCAGCUUAAAUGUCCUAGAUCCUGAUGAAAACAAGCAUGUCGCCCCUGUGGAGCUUUGCCCUAUCUUGAAGAUGUUACAUAAAAUACUGAUAAUAAGGGAAUCUCCAGUACAGGCAAUUCUUCAAGCAUUGCGAGAUGAGACCAUGAAUGAUCCUCGGGACCGUAUUAAGAUUGCACAGAGCCAUGUGUUUUACCGGCCAUCUCUUCUUGGUCAGCAGUCUUAG